AUGGCCAGCUCGUUCCUCGUUGUCCUCGCUGGUCUGGCAGCUAUUAUUUACGUUGCACUGUGGUACGUGCAACAAAAUGACCGUAAGCUAUGCGCUGUGCCACCCGCCGUGGCAAACGUAGCAUCCCACCACUGGUCAGACGAAGAAAUCAAGGCAGAGUAUGCGCGCAUACAGGCGAAUCCCAUAGACAUACGCUCCGUCCUGCCACCACGCACAGGUAGGAAAUACAUUGUCAUCGGUGGUGCAGGGUUUCUCGGCGGCUGGCUCGUCGUGCAUCUCCUUCAGCGUGGCGAGCAUCCGCGUCGGAUCCGAGUGCUCGACAUCCGCUCUCCGACGCGUCAAGACCUCACUACAGGCGCUGCAAGGCUCGUUGACUUCCGCAUCUGUGACAUCUCGGACGAAGAUGCUGUCCACGCCGCCUUCUCUGCACCAUGGCCCGAGUCAAAUGAAAACGACGGAUCAGAGGAUCCUGAUGAGAUCACCGUCUUUCAUACUGCAGCAACUAUCCGGUUCUACGAGCGUGUCUGGUCGCUCGUCCCUUUUUCUGCUGCUGUCAACGUUCGCGGAACGCAACAUAUAAUCGACGCAGCUCGUUCUAUCGGCGCAUCUGUCCUCAUUUCGACCUCGUCUGGCUCUAUCUCGUUACAGCGCUCACGCUUCUGGUUAUGGCCUUGGGAAGAAGCCCCUCCUUAUUUCGUACAAAUCAUAGACGACGAUGACAAGCUAAUUCCUAAGCAUCAUGAAAACUUUUUCUCGAAUUACGCAUAUACAAAGAGGCUUGGUGAAGCACUUGUUAGGGGUGCGGACAAACUUCCAUCAAAGAGAGGCAAGAUUCUCCGAACAGGAUCGAUUCGACCCGGAAACGGCGUAUAUGGUCCUGGGGGUGACAUCCUCCUCGGCGCUACACUCGUGCGCGAAAUCAACCCAUCAUGGAUCGGGACCAUCGUGCAGAACUUUGUCUACGUAGAGAAUGCAUCACUUGCGCAUUUGUGUUACGAACAGCGACUUCUCACCCCUCCAAAGCACCUAAGUGAUGACAUUGGUGGUCAAGCAUUCUGCGUAGCAGACGAAGGUCCACCUCCGAGUUACGGCAACGUUUACCAUGCGCUCUCUAUCCUUUCACACGGACGGGUAACAUACCCAACCCUCUCACCAACUCUAAUGCUCUUCAUCUCACACAUAAUCGAGUUCAUGUACCUCAGUCGUCAAUUUCUCCUCUCUCUAUCAACCCUACCCACCCCUCUCCACCUUCUUUCAUACCUUACAUACCUCGUCCCACGACUCCCCGCAGAAGCACUCAACCUCCAACCCUCCCUCUUCGCACUCGUCAUGGUACACAUGAUCUUCUCCGAUACGCGCGCACGUUCUCCCUCCAUGCUCAACUACAAACCACAAUGGACGACCUUACAGGGCGUCUGCACACUUGUUGAUUCUUUUGACUGCAAAGUACGAAUACACUUUGGAAAACCUGCUGCCAUUGUUUUUUUAUCCCUUAUAACAAAGCAAUUGAUUAAGAAACAAAAGGCCGUUUUCAAUUUACUGCCUGAUUAA